UCGGAGUUCAGCCGCGUCCUCUUUUGAAGUUCUUCCAAUGUUUCGGCAUACAUUGCAGUCGCCGUCAACAGGGAGAAUACCGAUGAAGGAAGAGGUGGGGGCUGCCAGGCCGAUGGCAUGGCACACCACUUUCGCACAUGGAAGUUGUCCAAGACCGGAGCAGUGUUCAAAGAAAAAUGUGUUAAUUCACAACAGGUAGCAAAUUUUGAUUUUCUGAUCAUCUUUGAGUUGAAUUGAUUAUGGGACCCUAGCGCAAAUGGUUUAAUUGUGAUGCAUUUAAAUGGCAAGGGUUGGCAUGAGAAGCCAGCAGAGGCAACUUGGAAAUGGGAAGCUUCAAGACAGAAGAAAACCACGGAACCUGUGUCGCCAGCAGGCCGACGAACAGAAUGCAGAAGCUCAGUUUCUCACAGAAGCCACUAAGAGGACACUGGUUCCCCUAACACGCGUGUUGUCUGUCAGUUAUAUCACGGCACUGUCUGCAGCUAGACUAUACAGUGUCCAGCGGAAGGAUGAGAGAUGACUGAUAUAUUGGAAAGGAUUUGGAAGGAAGCAGUCCUAGCACAAUUGAGGUACUUGAGGAAACUUCUGCUGUCUGUUCACUGGUGCCAGAACAAUGGCACUCAUGAAGCACGGCUUACACAAGGAGCCUACAUCAGUCACGAAGUAUAAGAGAGAAGAAGAACAUCCGCGUUAGGCGUCAUUAAUUAAUCUGAAUGAGUGUCUGGGCUCGUGGGAACAACAGGAGGGUCUCUCUCGAUGUAUAGGUAUUCCUUAGGGGAUUUCUGCUGCUAUGGAGCGUCUACCUAGCUCUGAACUGGAGCAUGCAAUUAGUUCUGAACUAGAGCGUCUACCUAGCUCUGAACUGGAGCAUGCAAUUAGUUCUGAAGUGGAGCGUCUACCUAGUUCUGAACUGGAGCGUCUACCUAGUUCUGAGAAGCCAUUUCCAUCUCUGCAUAUAAACGCAAAUGACAAGAUACUACACGUCAUCUGCAGGGAAUUGUCUCAGACGCUACAAUACGCUUGUGCUAUACAUUCAGCUGCAUCUGGCUCCGCCUCACUCACCCUGAAGAUGUCGACAGCAAUGUACGCUGAAGCGCUGGAAGAACUAUAACACACGACGAGGCUAAACUCAGAAAGCCGAAAAUACGUACUUGAUACAGGCCGCGAAAAAUACUGGGCGCCGAAUCCGGAAGUUUCUUCAAGUCUAGUAAUCUGUGCCCACCCACACGCCCCAAGAGCACGUCACACACAUCCUGCGUUCGCAGCACAGUUUUGGGUGGCACCUUUCGUAUAGGACCCAUUACUUCUCAGAAAAACUAGUAGCGACGGAAAUCGAACCCGGACCUGUAGCCAGGAAUUUUGAUCACCAGACCACAGAACUUCGGCGAAAAGCGGCAGUUGCUUGAUGUGAUGUACUUGAAUUCUUAAGCAUAGACUGAAGAUGGCUUUGGUGAUAUUACCAUGUGAUCUGCCAUGGUGGCCCACAGUUCAGCGCCAUCUUACACAGCUUUCGUUGGCCCGAAAUUCGAAGGACCUGAUUGAGGGCAUGCAGAAAAUCCACAAUAUGUGCAAUAUUGGUUUGGACCCAGAUGAUGAGGAUAAGCCAGACCUAACUGUAUUUGGAGGUCUGGAGAUGUUUCUGGACUCUGACAUGACAGAGGAAGAACGGAGUCACUUCCUUGAGGUGACUACUCCAUCAAUGGUGCAUAAAGCUCUGCAGCUCAAACAGCUCAAACCUGCAGGAGGCUUGCACUUCAGCCUCCAGCAGCAAGCUGAUCGAGUGGAGCUGGAGCGUGGAUUCAUUGCAUCAUUGUUAGCUCAUGCCUUCUUUUCUACAUUUCCGAAACGUACCAUCAAGACCCACCCAACACUCCAGGAUUUCAAUUUUACAAACUUCUUCAGACAUCUGGACAUGAACAGCCAGAAGGCAAAAUUGCGCAGCAUUUUGUGCUAUUUUGACAAACUGGAGGCAGAUGGAGAACCUCAGGGGCAUGUGACAUACUCACGUCGGGUGAUGACGAGCAAAGAGUGGCUCACCAUUGAAGACUGGCUAGAGAGUAGCCAAUCACUUUGUCCACUUGCUAUCAGACAUGAGGGCAGGUUGGAACGUGCUGAGAACAAUUUACUGCACGUGUGCUUCACCAGCAGCCGAUUGGGUGGUCGUGUACUGGAUGAUGGAAGUUCCCUGGAGUGUGUGCAGUUCUGCAUCCAGCCUGAGCUGUUGGCAAUACUGCCACAUGUGGAAGCCUUGGAGGACAAUGAGGUUCUGUCAGUGGAUGGAUUGAUGCAAGUGGCCCGCAUCUCAGACCCACACAACAAAGCGAACUUUGAACCUCUGCAGCAGACACAGAUGAGGUCAGUGUGUUGUAUGGACGCAGAGAACUACUUGCGGCUGCCUCUCAGUCAGUUCGAGGAGGACAAUAUGUUGCGGGAGAUGAACAAGGCUCUGCUUGCAUUUCAGCAACAGGCUCCCCUACAGCCAUCCCAGCCUGUCACAAGGCGUCUGUCCCCCAUUGGGGAGUCAUUCAGCUCCACACCUCCAGAGGGUGAUUCUACAAAGCAACAGUCCAAGCAGGAGGAAAAGAUGUAUUCCCCUGAAUCACUAGCCAUCCAGCAACUGGAAUCUUCUGCCCCACAAAAAGAUUGGUUGAGGCCUCCGAGCCCUAGCAGUCGUCGUGGUCGGUUCAUUGUGUUGGGUUCAUCAGGGGAAUGUCUCCCUGUCAGCAGACAGCCUUUGGGGACAAGCAGUCUCUAUUCAAGCUGUCAUUCCACCUCGGCAGCAUCCGAAGAAUUUCACAGUGCAUGUACAAGUCUUGACACUGAAGAGAAUGAGAGUGAAGAUGUGCGGCGCUACAGUGCACAGCUGGACACUCCAGAACGACGCUCAACAUUUGCUGAGCGAUUGCGAGAUGCUCUUUGCAGGGAGACUCAGAGUACCUCGACAACUGACUCGAGUUAUGCUGUUGGUAUCAGCGUGGCUGGGUCAGGAUUAGCAGAUGGAGAUAUCAGAGUGCGACGAGGGGGUUCCAGAGGCUUCAUGCUUCAAGAGGACUCACUGGAUGAUCAGUUCCUCAGGGAAUCUUUACAGCAAGAGAGAGAAUGGAUUGACAAGUUUCGAAAUAAAAGACCCGGAGCUCUGAGUCGACGGGACACAUCUGAUUCUUCCAAGUUCAGUUUUAGUACGGAGUACAGUUCAGAACUGGAGGAACUGUAUGAACAAUAUAGUCGCUGGUUGGAUGAUGUGGAUGAGAACCGGGAGCUGGAUGCUCGAGACAUUGCUGUGGUACGCUUUGCUGGCAGUCUGCUGAAGAGAACUCUCAGUGACUCCUUCGCUGGGGUUCCUCUCACUGAGGGCCAGCAAGGUCCGCUGGGACAAAUGAAGGCAGAGAGAAACAAGACAAAGCUUGCCCUGGUGGCAAGAUCUCUAAGUCUUGAGCUUGCCAGACACAAACACAGACUCACAACCCAGCUGUCCACUGUUCCCUGCACUCAACAAUUGCUGAAAGAAGACAGCUUCGAGGACAGCAAUGGACACCCACGAACAUUCUGGAUUACUCUGGUCCCUAAGACAAUAGUGCAAACUUUGGUGCCACAAGAGUUCUGGUUCCACCUGCCUGUUACAGUUGAUGACGGGCAGGCUGAGAUGAUACAGGCAGCAGUGUUGAGUGGGGUUGCAAACCAAAGUGAGUCUGCAACAGGAAUACGCCCUGUAGCCACUGGUAACUGGGGCUGUGGUUCAUCACAGGUUGGCGAUCCACAGCUCAAGUUGGUAGUUCAGUGGCUUGCUGCCAGUGUCGCUGGUGUGCCUUGCCUUUACUACUAUACCUGUGGCCACCACCGACUUCUCAAGCUAGACACAGUAUGUCGAGUGCUGCUUGAUCGGCAAUGGACGGUGGGGGAAUUAGCCAAUGCUACACUGAGAUUUGCUCAGACAACACUGGAUGAUCCAUCACCUCCACAGCAAAACCACACCUUGUUUGACGAGCUAAUUGGUACAGAGAAACCAUCUGCAGCCCUUCUGCUAGACGGCAACCUCUAAUCAGAACUAUAUGAGCCAUAUGUAAAGGUGAACAGUGAUUUGCAAGAGCGUGGAGAUGAACAUGAGAACUGUUAGAAACGAUUCUCUACCAGAAAGGAAGCGUU